GAGUAUUUGUCAAUCUGGUAAUAUGUAUAUAUAUAUAUAUAUAUAUAUAUAUAUAUAUAUACAUGUUUAUUAAUGGCAAAUGGUAGCCGGCAUUCUGUACAAUUAGUUUAAUCUUGAGGUUGUCUUUUUCUGUAUUGCGUCGUUUCAAAACCUCUUUUGUGUUUCUGUUGUAACUUGUAUCCUAUUAAAUUCUGCAUAAACAGGAAACUGAAAUACUUCUGUUUUUUAAGGACUGUUGGUAUUUCAUAUAAAACCAAUCGAAGGUCAUUGAAAGUACGUAGAAGAGGUGUUGCAAAGACGUUUUAGACGAAGAACAAUAUAUAUACUCUUAAGAGAAAAUGAGUUGUUUCUCGUGUUUCUCUUCAAAAAUUUUGGAAAAUGAAGGUUCUUCCAUGCCUGCUCCGUAUAGGCAAACAGGCUCACCUAAGAGAACAAGAGUAGUGGCCAAUAAUGCACCCUCGCAAUCGAACAACAUCGAGGCUCAGGGUUUCUCAUUCCGUGAGUUAGCCACCGCUACAAAUAAUUUCAGGCUAGAGAACCUCAUUGGCGAAGGCGGCUUCGGGCGGGUCUAUAAAGGAAAGCUCGACAAGACAGGACAGAUCGUGGCAGUGAAACAGCUUGAUAGGAAUGGACUACAAGGACAAAAAGAGUUCUUGGUCGAGGUGUUGAUGCUUAGUCUUCUUCAUCAUUCGAAUCUUGUGAACCUAAUUGGCUACUGCGCUGAUGGAGACCAAAGACUUCUUGUUUACGAAUAUAUGCCUCUUGGAUCCGUCGAAGACCAUCUCCUCGAUCUUGAACCGGAUCAGAAACCACUAGACUGGAACUCGCGUAUUAAGAUCGCUUUGGGAGCAGCAAAAGGACUUGAGUAUCUCCAUGACAAAGCCAAUCCUCCAGUGAUUUAUCGAGAUCUUAAAUCAUCAAAUCUAUUGCUUGACCAAGAUUUCGACACAAAACUGUCGGAUUUUGGUUUAGCAAAGCUUGGUCCUACUGGAGACACACUACAUGUGUCUUCCCGAGUUAUGGGAACUUACGGUUACUGUGCUCCUGAGUAUCAGAGAACCGGCCAUCUUACGGUUAAAUCAGAUGUUUAUAGUUUUGGAGUUGUGCUGUUGGAAUUGAUAACAGGAAGACGAGUUAUCGACACAAUGAGACCUAGUCAUGAAAUAAAUUUGGUUACUUGGGCGCAACCAAUUUUCAGAGACCCAACUAGAUUCCCACAGCUAGCUGAUCCAUUGCUUCGAGGCGAAUUUCCAGAAAAGAGUUUAAACCAAGCUGUAGCUGUAGCGGCAAUGUGCCUGAAUGAAGAACCUAUGGUUAGACCACUAAUCAGCGACGUUGUUACAGCCCUCAGCUUCCUUGGUGCAUCUUCCGAUUUUUCCAACGCUGAUUCUAGCCAUUUACAACAAAAUCCAUCAGAGAUAUAUCAUGAUGCAGUUCAGUGGGAUUCAAGUCCUAGAUAAAGUUAUUUGCUCAUGUAGACAUUUUAAUACGAUAUGACCCAACAAUUCAGAACAUAUUGUAUGUUUCUUCCGUUUGAAAUAUUCAUUUAAUUUAUUUUUCAUUUACGUUGUUUUUA